UGUGCGUCCACUUGACACUUGAAGCGAAGGAAUUCAGUUUGAAGGGGGGAAAACAACAACCAGGAAGUUAAACAGAGGAAGAAACGUAUUCGCUUUGGUGGAGCAUCAACUCUCAACUCUUUCAAAAGGUUUUAAAUAACAGCGUCAACUUUAAAUAAAGUCGAUCCAUCGGGUUUGCGGUCAAAGGGCACUGUUUCCAACAAGAUGGACAUUGAUCCGGAGCGGGCCGAGCCGCAGCCACAGGACAAGGUGCAGGUCCUGAAGGAGCAGGUAGAUGGAGUGAAAAACAUAAUGACGCAGAAUGUGGACCGGAUCCUGGCCCGAGGAGAGAGACUGGAUGACCUCAUGGACAAGUCAGAGGGCCUGCAAGCAGGGGCUCAGCACUUCAAGCAGACCUCUCAGAAAGUGGCUCGCUCCUACUGGUGGAAGAACGUCAAGCUGAUCGUUGUCAUCGUGGUGGUCGUCCUCAUCAUCGUCCUCAUCAUCAUCCUGCUGGCCACCGGAGUCAUCCCUGUCAGUUCCUCCACGCCUCCUAUAGUCACUCCCACCUCCAAGCCAUAAACACACACACACAAAUAAUGUACAUAUAGACAUAAAUAAAUCAAACACAUUCCUAUUGCACAGUAUACAAAGUAAUAUAUAGACUCAAGAAAAUCACUGCUGUCUGGUGAAACCUUUUUGUUAGUUCAAAGUUUCUACUGGUAACUUUCAUGCUUAUAUUGGAAUUCACACAUAAUCUUUUGAAACCCUUUUGAAACACAAUUUCAGCUUAGCCAUUUUUGAAUUUGUGAGAAAUUAAACCAAAGUCUCUGGAAGAUCUGAGGUCUUCACCUGAUAGCAGCAAAAACACUGUCACUGGUCUCAAAGGGCGCUUCAUAUUACCACGGUCAGCUCUUCUUGGUUUAACUGUUUCACCACCAACGGUUAUUUCAUUCUGGCAAAGAGGAAGUCACUUUAAAGUGUGUGAAUUUUUCCAGUCUCUUAUAGACAUUCUGUUUGUCUUGAAUGUUAUCACUUAUGUGUAGCUUUUUACAAAGGACAGUUUGUAUAGUUAAAAUGAUGAAAAGGGCAGUUUCUAAAGGAAAUCAGGCAACUUUUUUUUUUUUGCUGACAUUGGACAAAUGCACCAAACACAAAUCUGUAACACGUGUAGAUCACAAUAUAUUUAAUGAAAGGCUGAAUCAAAGUGCUUCCAAUUUCUAUGUAGUCAGACAAUCUAGAAAAAGUCAUCAUUCCAUUGAAAUACUAUUUAAAUUUGUCAGAUAGUUUAUUGAAUGUAUACACUGCUUGAGUUCUUUUGAAACAGCUCCUUAUUGGUGUUGAGGACGUAUGUUUGAGGAGAGGUUUGUGCUCUUGUCAACAGUACACACUCAAAGUUACAGAAACUAUUGUUAUGCACAAAAAAUGUUGGACAAAAAUCAUAUAAUUGUGAAAUAUCUGAAGUGUGUUGAGUUUCAGUGAGCUGAGACACGUCAGCUGGGACCUGAAGUUUGAAAACGACACAGCAUUUACACUUAUGUGGUUUUUCUACUCAACCGAAUUAUAUGGUCCUUAGAGGGGAAGGUAACACAAACUUGUAGAUUUGUACAUUUGUGCUGUGCAGGAUCAUCGGCCUUUUUAACUGAUCAUGUUCAUGUUUUUUCUGUGUUUUAACUAUUUUGAUUCAAUAACCAAACCACCAGGGUCAGCUGUUAAAGGUCUGUUCCCAAACACUCCUAGUGUUUCGAGGAUCAGGCUCCUCCAGCCAACCAGCUGUGAGAGAUCAUUUACAGCCCCUCAUUGACUCCCCCUGCUGGUUCCAUGUCAACCAGUAGGCCCUCGCAGUCACAGCUUACCACUAGAAAAUUUUAUUCCAAAACACGAAAUGCAUUUUUCAGAAUGCGAUUUUGGAGCAAAGAUCUUGUGUGUGUCACCUCCCACCUCUCUGUGCUGUUACAGUACCAGUUUAGCUUCAGAAAGGUCAAAUUUAUGCCCAUUAUGAACUGUAAAUAGUCACUUUAACAAAUGUGUUAAUGAAAGUAUCUGUUCUUUUAGAGGAUAUUUAUUUAAUGCUUUAUAACAUUCAUGUUCUUUCUUUUUUUUUUAUCAAAAUGAAUCAAUGAAAGCUGUAUGUGAUUUCUGUAUAAACAGAUAAUCCAGACUGAUUAAUCAUAAAAUGGUACAGUUCAAUUACUCUGCUGUUAAUCAUUUUCUAGAAGUAGGUAUAAGAAGAAGUAGGCAACCUGCUCAGCUGACCUGAAUGUUUGAUUAGCAGAAUUUGCAUUUUCUGAUGACCUAUGGUAUUUAAUGGUUUUAAAGGUUUGAUAUGAAAUAAAUAGUAUUUUCUUCUG